GUUCUAUUCGGAAUAAAUUUUGUUUUCAACAUUAAUCUAUUUCCAGCGAGUAAUGUUCUCCACCUAACGGCGAAUCAUGCCCACAACGGUGGAAGCGCAAGAGAAACUGCCUGAAACACGAGGAAGGGAAUCCGCUAUCGAUGGCACUGUCAACAAUGGUCACCCAGCGAAGACGGCGGCGGGUGCGGCUGUGGCCGAACCGAUGAAACCAAAGGCCAAAAAGGAGAAGAAGGAUGGAAGUGGCAGCAAGCGCAACAAGAAGGCCAAAAAGGAUGUUCCGAAACCGCUGACGAAGGUUAUUAUCCGCCGGCUGCCUCCGUCGAUGGAUGAGGAAACGUUUCGGAAGCAAAUCGAUCCGAUUCCGGAUCAUGACGAUUUCUAUUUCGUUUCCGGUGAUUGGUCACUGGGGAAGAACGCUUGCUCUAGGGCUUACAUAAAUUUCACCCGGUCGGAGGAUAUCUAUCUAUUCAAGGACAAGUUUGAUGGGUAUAUUUUUGUGGAUGCUAAAGGGGUGGAGUUUCCAGCGGUGGUAGAGUUUGCGCCGUUUCAGGAGUUGCCCAGGAAUCGUUCAAGAAAGAAGGACGUGAAGUGUGAUACGAUUGAGACGGAUACUCACUUCAUUGCCUUCAAGGAGGCACUGGAAGCGGAAGAGAAGGACACGGCUGGAAAGAGUAAAAGCAAGCUGGAGUUCACCUAUAAGAUUAAGGACGAGGAAAAGAUUACAUCGACGCCACUGCUGGAAUAUAUAGCUCAGAAGAAGCAGGAGAAGCGAGAGGAGAAACGUAAAAAGAUGGAAGAGAAGAAAAAGCAGCGGAAAGAGGAUCGGCACAAGAAGAGCCAACCGGGGAAGGCAAUCCCGGAGGUAAUAAAAGAGGAGAAAGAAAAGGUAAAGGAGGAAGAAGUUGUGGUUCGAACGGUUCCGUCGAGGUUGGAUCCGAACCAGGGAAAGAAGGAUAUGCGUAAGAAAGGAAACGAGAAGAUGGAAGAUGGCAAGGAUGUCAAAGAUAAAGAGAAGAAGCCGAGAAAUCGCAAGGAGAAAGAAAAGGAAAAGGAGAAGGAGCGUGGCAAGCAGGACAAGGAUGAGGUUGGUGGAGAGCAGGAGAAAGUAUUGAGUCGCAAGCAGGAACGGGAUCGUCAGAGAAGGGAGAAGGAUAAGGCGAGAAAGCAAGAGGAAAAGGAUAAGAAAGCUUCCGGGGAGCCACCACGAAAGGAUAAAGAAGUUGCACCUAAACCCGAAAGUCAAGUUCAAAAGGCCAUUCCGGUGGAGGCCCCCAAAAAGGAGGUAAAAAAAUACAGCGAACGCAGGAAGGAAACCCGCGCACGUGCAGAAACACGCCUCGCUGAACUUGAGGACAAAGAUCGUAAGGAUGCCCUGAAUCCAGUAAUCGGCGAAGAAUUCCAGGCCAUUAACGUGCCGAAAGUGGACAUCAAAAAAAGUAUGCUGACACCUCACGUGGCACCAUUUAUUCCGAAAGAAAAAUCGACCAUCAUUUUGGGGGAAUCUUCUUUCGCUCUUCCUCCAGCUUUUCCGCUGAAAUCGGCUUCGACUACUCCAACGCAACAGGAUGAUGUAUCAUUAGCAAGCGCGAAGAAAGAACCAACUCCAGUUCUGGAUGUUCCUGCCGCGGAUAGUAGCAGUUCGGACAGGAAAGCAGACAUCGAUGAAAAGCUGAAAGAAAUGCGUGAAGCCCGUAAAAUUCGCAACAAGGAUCGUCCAUCGAUCAAAAUCUAUCAACCGAGAAAACGACUUGCGUCCGGCACUGCAGCCGGCUCGAAGGAUAGCGCUAGGAGCGAAGAUGACAAGGUUAAGGAAAAAAGCGAUUCGGACCGUUCUUCCGACAAGAGUGUGAAGCCGGGAUCUCACGGAGCGAAGGAUAGAGAAAAGAGGCACAAACUUACGAAGAAGGCUUCGGACAGGGAAAGGCCGAAGGAUAGACGAAGCAGGAGGAAGAAUUCUAGCGAUGCUGAUGGCGGUAGGGAGAAGGAAGCGGAUUCCAGAAAAACUUCCAGGGAGGAGCCAGCACCUCCGGCUGAACCGAUAUCACCAACGGUAGACAAGCCCAAGGAGAAGUUUCAAGUGACCGAAGUCGUUGAAGCACUGGAAGGCGUCAAAUUAGAAUCGUAAAUUAUGGGUUCCUUUAUUAUGACGGGAAUACAUAAACAUAUAUAAUAAAUUAUCGUUCAACUGCAAACUA